GAUGAAUAUACCGACGUAGAUAUAAAGCCUGUAAAUCCUGUUCUACGUAUCAUUUCGAGAUCGGCUUUAGGAAACUACACAGUGAAGUAAGCAUUUAAGAGAAACAAACGACUGAAUUCGAAGACGAAUAAUUUCAGAAAUGGCCCUAGAAACAUCGACAUGGCUAAAUCUAUGCUUCGUGGAGAAUAUCCUGCGAAAGUCGGAAAACGAUAAUUCGAUUCAGGUGAUCGAUAUAUUUUCAAAACCGGCCACAGUCAAGGGUGACAACUACACUAGCGACAUGAUUAGGAUUACUGUUGAAUAUUCACGCGGCUCUAAGAUUAAAGAGAAAAAAUCAAUUAUUGUCAAGCUGUCGCCCGUACUUGAAGGUAUUCGAAAGAAAAUGGUCACACAAGCAGGUUUCUUUCACAUCGAGAUGUCGAUGAUGUCGGAUACUUUGAAUAAAAUGAAUAAGAUGUUAGGGGCAAAACACCGCUUAAGCGCGAAGAUUCUCCACAUGCAAAAUGAAAAUCCAGUACUUCUAGUGAUCGAAGAUCUCGCGUCUCUCGGUUUUCAAAUGGCUGAUCGUUUGUCUGGUCUUGAUCUAAAUCAUUCCAUAUUGGCGCUUCACGGACUUGCCAGGUUUCACGCAGCCUCCGUAGCCCUAUACGAGAAGGAACCAAAACAAAAAGAGAUGUAUUCGAAAGGAAUAUUUUGUAACCAGUAUCCGCCAGAUAUGAGAGAAAUUUUCAUUAAGAGUACUGAAGCUUUAGCAGACGAGAUUGUGAACUGGCCAGAAGUGAAAAAAUACUCGGAAAAAAUUGCUAAACUGGCCGAUCACAUAUAUCAAAUAGGAUUGGAUGCAACCCAGCUCUGUGAAGACGAAUUUAAUGUUAUUAAUCAUGGUGAUUGUCACGUGAAUAAUAUGUUAUUCAAAUAUGAUAAUAAUGGCAAACCUACUGAUCAGAUUUUUGUAGACUUCCAAUUAUCCAUCUACGCAUCGCCGGCACUCGAUCUUCUCUAUUUUCUCAAUUCAAGUAUUUCCUUCGAUGUCAUUGAAUACAAGAAAGAUGUUUUAUUAAGUGAAUACCUUGAUACCUUGACAACGACUAUGAAACAAUUGAACUGCAAGACGCAGCCGCCUACCAUGAAGCAACUGAAGGCUACCCUAAAACGAAGAGCUAGCUAUGGAAUGAUAACAUCUUUCGUCAUUUUACCGUUUAUGCUGUGUUGUAAAACUGAGGCAAAAGAUUUGGAUGAAUUGUUUGGCACUGGUACUUUUAUGAAUCCAGGUUUAAAGAGUGAGAGUUAUAAAAAAAUAUUGAUAAAAAGACUGCCACUAUAUGAUGAGUGGGGUUUGCUGGAUCUCUAAUGUAAACUUCACAUUUAGUGAUAGAAAAUUAAAAUAUAAAAAA